GUUAAUUUAGAAAAAUUUGUCCGCCAACUUAACUGUUAAUCUUUGAUGGUUUUAAUUGUUUAUUGUGUUUUUGUUUAGCAUUUUAUUAAAUUGUAAUUUCUUUUUCCAAUAAUUUUUAAAAUGGUCAUCACCAGUUUCCAUGAUUUGGACCGUAAGGCCAAACGAUUGUACAAAAACCAUAACCCCCUCAAGUUUGAGGUUGGUUAUAAUGUUAGACGCCUUGGAUUCCUCGGGAUGGACAGUGUCCACUUACUGGGAACAACGUGUGGUCGAACUGGUGUCAUCAUAAACAAUAUUGUCGCUUCCCGAAGAUUCAAUGUAUUUGGUCAACCCUCAACUGUAGCAGUUAAAUUGUCUGGUCAAGAUAUGGAACCAUGGAUUGGCCUUAAAUUGACCUCUAUCUCUGUAAAAGCUAAAAAUUCAUUCGCACCAACAAGUAAUUCAAUGAUUCACAUGAACAGUUGCAUUAGUUUCGGUACCAAUGGUUCCAAAUUCAAUGGUGCAACAAUCUUCCAAUUAUUUACUGAUGCAUCUCGAUUAUCAUCAUGGUGUUUAGGUGGUCAAUUUUCAUUCAGAUCAAGAUUGAAGACCAUUCUUACCUUGUCAUAUCUCUCCCCGAAUCUUAAUAUGGUUACCAGAGCAUAUUCACACAUUUGGUAUACCGAAAUUACAAGUUCAAUUUCCUACAAGUUUACGGAUAAAUUGAAAAGUGGCCUUUCAGUGACCAUGGUGGAAAACAAUUCACCUUUGGUUGGACUCGGUGUUAAAUACAAACUCAAUGAGAAAUUUUGUCUAAUUGCUAAAGUUAAUGAUCUUGGACAAAGCGCCUUCGGAUUUGCAUUUAACUACGGACCCGAUUUCUCAUUUUCACUUUCCGUGGCUCCUUAAAUUUGGACAUUUCUUUCAAAAUCGAUGUCACCUUUUAAUCCGAUCAAAUUAAGAUCCAUCUAAUUGCCUGAAUUCUUGAUUGUGACCAUAUAUCCAUGAUCAAUUAACUUUUAUUCACCUCUAAUCACAAUCGAAAGUACAUACAAAAUCAUAUUAAUAUCAAUUGUAUUAUAGAAAAUAUGAUUAAAUUGCUCAAAAAGUGAAAACAAUUAAGAGUUAAUUUUGAUUGGAUAACAAUGUCUAAUGUAUUCAUCUAAUUGCAAUCAUUUAAAUGACAAGUAAUGGAAAGUUCCAAGUUUCACUGAAUUAGACCGACCGAUUCGUGAACUAUUCAAGGAAUACAAUCGUCUUGGUCUUGUUGACCUGAUAUACGAUCGGGCCACAUCUCAAAAUGCUGGACUUAAGGUGAAAGGACAAACAUUUACGGACAAUGGUGACAUCGCUUUAAAAGUGGUCGGUAAAAGGUAUCUGGCCGGACAUCGAGUGGUAAUGAAGGGCAAAUGGAUCGGCGAUAAAGGUUUCUCAUCGGAAAUCGCGGUCAAAGAUUCGUUAUCAUUUCUCAAGGGAAUCUCAGGUCAUUUUAAUUCCAGUCUAGAUGUUGGUCAAGAUGGUUCAGUUAUCCAUGGAGCAGGAGUCAUACAAUUAAAUUCAUAUAUCACUAAUUCCUGGAUCUAUGGUGCUCAGUUCUCAAUGGAUCCGAUUGCUGGGGAAAUUAAGAAAACCAAUAUCGCCAUUGGGUAUAAAACACCAUCGGUCACUUGGCUUGCGAAAACAAAUGAUGGUAAAGAAGCGAUUGGCACUGGUCAUCUUAAGAUGGGCGACAAUUUGGAAACCGGUGUUUUCCUGAUUUUGGCCAAGGGUAAAUCGCCCUCGUUUGGUGUUGGCUGCAAAUAUAAACUUAGCGACAAAACUUGGUUCAGAGCGAAGGUCAAUGAUAACGGAAAAUCGUCCUUGGCCUCACUUAUCGUCUCUCUCCUCAUUUAUUGUUUACUCUCACAAUGCCCACUCCAUCCUAAUUAGAUGACCACCAAUUAGAAAAUUGUUGACAAUUUUUCUCUCCACUUUAAAUUGUUACAUUAAUUUUCAUCACAUUUUUAAAUCAUUUGCUGAUAUUUUAAUUGAGUUUCAAUUGUUCAAUUGGAUUUGAAGACAAAGAAAAAUCUUCCAGUCUAAUUGUUGUUGGUAAGUGUUUCAGUUUAUUCAAUUACCAUUUAAAAUAAAAACUAAUCACUGACAUUGAAGUUGUAACAAUUUAGACUGAUUGAAUUUCGAAGACAUUUGCGUGUUAAUUGUUUAAUCAAUUUAACUUUUAAUGAAAUAUGAAAAAACAUCAGAACAAGUAAAUCUAAAUACGACUAAUACAAUUAACUGAAUAGAUAAUCUUUUUGAUAACUAGUUUGAUUUAUAUAAUUGAAUUGUGUGUGUGUUUCACAUACAAUAAUAUAAUUUUUCUUUUUUCCUUCUUCUCUUACAUUUUCUAUGGUUUGUUUAUUUAUAAUUAACUGGGAUCCAUUAAUUUCUUUUCUCUUUAGAAAAACUAAUUUUCAUUUCAGUAUCGCGAUGAACUUUUUUCUUUUUCUCCAUUGGCAGCAGUGGA